AGAUCUCUCUUUUUCCAAAAAAGAAAUUAAAUAGAAAAGGAAAGGGCCAUUCCUUUGUGAAAUCCCUAGAAAGUCUGUGGAGAUUACCAAUAUCUACCUCAAUCCCGCAUCCUCACCAGAGUCAAUACGCUUUACGAAUCACUACGAUGUCGUCGUCCGCUGCGGAAAACGCCUCCAAAAAGAUAACCUUGCGGAGCUCCGAUGGAGAAGUGUUCGAGGUGGAGGAGGCGGUGGCUAUCGAGUCUCAGACGAUCAAGCACAUGAUCGAGGACGAUUGCGCUGACAACGUUAUCCCCCUCCCCAACGUCACCGGCAAAAUCCUCUCCAAGGUCAUCGAGUACUGCAAACGCCACGUUGACGCAGCCGCCUCCGCUUCCGCCGCCAAGGCUGACGAUAAGCUUGCCUCCGCAUCCGUCACAGAUGACGACCUGAAGGCGUUCGACGCCGAUUUCUUGGCUGCUAACUACCUGAAUAUCAAGGGUCUUCUGGAUCUGACUUGCCAGACUGUUGCUGACAUGAUCAAAGGAAAAACUCCAGAGGAGAUUCGAAAGACAUUCAACAUCAAGAAUGACUUCACUCCUGAAGAGGAAGAGGAAGUCCGAAGAGAGAACCAAUGGGCUUUUGAGUAGAACAGCUACAAAAAUAAUUAAAUUUUCUGUUUUAUCAAGUUCUAUGGUGGCAUAUGAAGUACUAUGUUCGACUAUUUCUAUCAAAUGUAAUCUGAGGUUUGUACCCGUCGCAUUGGCUUAGUUAAAAAACUUUGUGGUUCAGAGUAUCUAGCUUCGGGUAUAGGUUUACCUGAACUGCUUUUCAUGCAAAAUCUGGUUCAGAUCAUCAUUGUCAGGACUUCGUAUUGUUCUCCUCUUCAUAUGUGAUCCGCUUCACAUUCUUUAGGUAAUCAUGGCAAAUACAUAUCUUGCCAGCCUGAA